ACAAACUGUGGAAAUCUUGCAUACUCAUUGUGUGCACGCCGGAAAAACGUUCUUGUCUGAUGUGUCAUACUGUUAUCACUUGGUCUAAUAGAUACUAGUAUUUAGUUAGUAUUGGUCUCAACUGAUAAGUUAAAACAUCAAGAAGUGUUCGAUAAUACCGUGUGUCUAGUCUAGUGAAUAUAGUGAAACUACUUUUUCUGUAGAAAGUAAAAGGGCAAUCAGGGUCUCUCAAUGGAAAAGAAAGCCACAUUAAUGUGAAAUUAAUUAUUCCCUAAAAUAAUCUAGAAGCUAUUCCCCUUUAAAUUUAAGACACUUAUCGGACGUGUUGACAUGGGCCGUGGUGGGGAAGUGGCUGUUUGGUGUCCGUUAAGUUGCCAGCACCAAAAAACAGGAGAGCAAGCUUACCAGUGAAAAGUAAACAACACAUAUUCAUAUAACCACCAACACAGUAAUUGCAAGUUUUGACCUGGCUAGACAAUUGCAGGCAAACGGCGCCUUUUUUCAAUUUUUUGAGUUAACAACAGAUGGAGGAGGUGUGUUUUCAGUUGCCGGGACACGGCGAUGUGGCCCUCCGCAACAUGAACUCCCUGCGCACCCAGCAACAUUUCUGUGACAUCACUAUUGUGGCCAGUGGUCGUCAGGCAUUUCGGGGUCACAAGGUUGUGUUGGCUGCCUGCUCUCCAUUUCUCAGGGACCAGUUUCUUCUGUCCCCCUCCUCGGAAUUACAGGUGUCAGUGUUGCACAGUGCUACUGUUGUCUGCAAACUGCUCCAGUCAUGUUACACAGGCUCGUUGAAAUUUCAUUCCAAAGACAUCGUCAACUACCUGACUGCAGCCAGCUAUCUGCAGAUGGAGCACAUUGUGGAGAAAUGCCGUGGUGCCCUCAAUAUGUACAUGCAACCCAGGAAUCCAAGCCCUACCAGGGCCGUUAAAACAGAGCAGCCACUGUCCAUGGCCAUGGCUGUGAGUGGCAGUGGCCCCUCAGUGCAGCCUGGUUCACCUGAGAGUGUCUCGGCCCCCCAGCCCCCCAGCCCAGAGGUGGUCUCUCAGGCCUCAGGGAGCCACCACACAGACUCACUGUCACAGGCAGACGUCCAGCACAGGGAAGCACAUGCUCUCUCAGAGAUCAAGGCACGAGCAUCCACUGCCUCCUUGCAUGAUGACUACAGUGACUAUGAGGUUCUGAGGGUUUGUAUAAAAGAGGACGAUCAGGAACCUGAAGAAAUCCAGGAUGAUGAGGUGGGAGAGCCCGUGAUUUUGGAGGAUCCUAUCGAGUCUGACCCCAGUGGGGCAGGCAUGGUGCUGGAGGGAGGGAGCCGCAUUGGGGGACUGGACAGGGAGGGCCCACGCACCUGGAGGCGUCGACUUCUUGAGCCCCGUACUGGACGAGGAAGAGGUUUUAGGCACCGCAAGCGUGGCACCCUUCGAGAUCGCCGGCCAGCAGGCAUGAACUACCAAGAGGCCUGGCGCUUCCCUUCCCCGGCAGAGAUUCUGGCUCUGGGAGGCGAUUUGGGCUCGGCCUACCUCUCUGCUCACGCCCAGACAGACAGCCCUCCCAGGAUGCAAUAUGGGCUGGGCGAGAGUCAGGAGGAGGUUCUAGGAGAGGAGCCUAGCGCAGAGGACAUGGCCAUGCGCUACGGGCUGGACGAUUCUAAUGGGGACGGGGGAAGCAUUGGUGUGAUGGGUGUCCCAGCUGACGAGGAGGGGGGAGGUGCGGACGAUUCCGUGGCUGUGGUGGGGUCCACAUCUUGCGCGUCGGGUCCAGUGGCAUGUGACCACUGCGGUCUGGCCUUCCCGUCGCCGCAAUCUCUGCUCGUGCACAUGCGCGCCACCCAUCUGCCUUACGUGUGCCCCUGCUGCGGCAAGCAGUUCACUCACGCCAGCAACCUCAACCGCCACAUGAGCGUCCACCGCGGGGCCAAGGUGCACCGAUGCCCACUGUGCCACAAGACCUUCACGCAGAAGGCCACGCUGUGCGAUCACAUGAACCUACACAGCGGCGAGCGCCCGCACCGCUGCGCUUACUGCCAAGUGCGCUUUGCCCACAAACCAGCCCUGCGGCGCCACCUAAAGGAGCAACACGGGAAGACUACUGCACAGAACUGUAUGGAGGCACAGAGAGAGAGUGAGGCAGGGGUCGAGGGAGGGGUGGGAGGGGUCGAGGGCGGGGGGGCAGUUGAAGGAAUCUAA